AUGGAGGAGGAGCCUGCUGGAAGAGACUCUCGUAUAAUACCAACCAGCAAAAAAAAUCUGCUAGCUCAGACACUGCUGCAAUGGAGCAAGGCAGGAGUAGUACCACAUGGAGCUAUUCAAAAGGCAGCAACACAGUUUGGUGUUAGCAGGAAGACAGCCCAGAGAAUUUGGGCAGAAGCAAAACUCCAAAUUCAGAGUGGAGUACCUGUCAACAUAAGAGGCAGAGUUAAGGGAUAUGAGCACAAAGACAAAUUCCAGCUUGAUGCUGCAAAGGUAAGAGAGCUGUCAGUUCUUGAGAGAUCUAACAUUCGUAAGCUUGCUUAUAAACUUAAUGUAAGCAAGAGCACAGUUGGUAGGUUUGUGAAAAAACAACACCUAAGGCCACACACAAAUGCCAUUAAGCCUAUACUUACCUCUUCAAACAAAGUGGCCAGAAUUAGAUGGAGUCUAAGCCAUAUUCAACCACUCAUAGCCAAUGGUAUGCUAAAAUAUCACCCAAUGCACAAUGUGGUGCACAUAGAUGAAAAAUGGUUUUACAUGACUAAGACUUCAGAAAGGCCACAUUUUGCAGAAAAUGGAGAAGUCAUUUUUGAUGGAAAAAUAGGCAUAUUUCCAUUCACAACUAUGGAGCCAGCAAAGAGGAAGUCCAAGAACAGACCAAGAGGCACUAUGGAGACAAAGCCAAUUCAAUCAGUUAACAAGGAAGUAAUGAGAGCAUGCCUAAUUGAGAAGAUCAUACCAGCAAUCAAGGCAAAAUGGCCACAUAAUGUGAGCAAGGAGAUUUUCAUACAACAAGACAAUGCCAAGCCUCAUAUACACCACAAUGAUGCUGACUUUCUAGCAGUAGCAUCCACAGAUGGGUUCAAGUUUCACAUCAGGUGCCAACCUCCACAAUCCCCAGAUUGCAAUGUGUUGGAUUUGGGAUAUUUUAGAGCAAUCCAAUCUCUACAAGAUGAUAAGGUGGCUAAGGGAGUGGAUGAGUUGUUGAGGAAUGUGCAUAGCUCCUUUGAUGAACUUAGCCCAUACACACUCAAUAAUGUUUUCCUUACUCUACAAGGUUGUCUAACUGAGAUUCUUAAGGUGCAAGGGUGCAAUGGAUACAAGACCCCACACAUGAAUAAAGAGAGGCUAACAAGGAUGGGGACACUGCCACAAGCUUUAGAGGUUGAAGAAGGAGUUGUUAAGGCUGCUGUGGCAUACCUCCAACUGCCAGAGCAUGAUGUGAGUACAAAUUAUGACAUCUCAGGUGUCACAGCAGCUGUGGGCUUCUAG